AUGGCAUCCUUUGUGCAUGUGCAGCUAAGCAGGAGUCCCGAGGAGGGGCAUCCCUGGGAAUGCUUAGUCUCUCCAGAAUUGGCAGCGCAGUUGCGCGUGGCCGAUGGAUUGAAUAACUGGCUCGUGGCAUGGGGAGUUUCUGGCCGAGGAGACCCUGUCCUUGCUGAGGAAAACUCUGCCGGACCGGUAGUGCCGGGUGUGCCACGGGCGCUGCUUGUUGCGCCCGCUCGAAAGUCCUCCACGGCCCUGGGGUUUCAGGUGCUGGUCGGCUCCUCUGUGGCACCCUGGCAUGGCUUCCAGAGCCGGUCGGAGUACAAGGUUUGCAAAGUGUCGGAGGAUGCCUUGCCCAUUGUGGAGAGCGCAGUCCUCGAGGUUGAUGCAGAUGACUCUCUACCGUCUGGUGCGCUUGCCCACUUGCACAUGAAGUUGAAUCUUCAUCGUGCAGUGCUUUGGCAAGGCCCAAGUCAUGAAGACCAGGAUACGGGCCUGAUGUGGAGUGCCGCUUCAGUGAAAUUUGCAGGAUUUUGUGGCCAAUCCGAUGCGUCUGAACCAAUGGAUGACUGGCAGUCCGCAGCGUGGCGAGGCUGGCUCGCAGCCCAAGGUUGUGGCAUGGUCAGCGAUUCUACUCGCCUGAAGUGGUCCUGUGCAAGAUCAAGCGCGAAGGCUCGUCCCGGCUUCGUUGGGCUGCCGACACUUGCUUGCCGCCUAUGCAAGGUCAUAGACUGCCCGACUGCCAGCAGCAGGGCGCUAGUGGUUGGUCCCUACAUUGACAAGGCAUUGUCGCUGCUGGCAGCUGCUGCUGAAGGGAAGGCAAUGCGCCUAAUCGUCCUUUCUUCAGCCCGCCUUCUGGAGGUGGGACAAAGCUUUGCGGCUGUGCGACGAUGGCUGCUGGCACAAGCAGAAGCGCAGGCUGGCAGUGUCAUUGUCCUGAUUCGGCCCGUGAAGUGGUUCUUGGAACAACGGCAGGCCGGUGAUGAUUUCGCAGGCCUCCUGCACCAGGUGGUCGAGCGGUGCAAGUGGAUGCAGUCCACCUGUGAGUUUCGACGAGGACAGGGAAUUGUCUUCUUAUCACUUCUCACGGCUUCGCCCCCAAGCGCAUGGCAGAAGGUCUUCAGUGACGUGAUUAACUUGGAGCAAGAGUUGGCGGGUGCCAAUGACGACAGUAGGCAAAGAUCGCCAACGCCUGGACGUGUCGGCACGGAAGCUGACGCCGAUCCGCAACAGAUCGUCUCUGCCUUCCUGUCUUCACUCACAGUCUUGCGGCCUGGCAUGUUGGUGCCUGCUGAGGUCAAGGACUGGCUAACGGACGCUGUGAAAGCAUGCAACAGCACUGCAGCAGGCCAACCGCCGUCUUGUGUGGCACUCGUAGGUCCUCCAGGCUGUGGCAAGACAUCCAUGCUGCAGUCUUUGAAACAUCUGCCGUUUCAAGUGUUGCCGAUGUCCAUCCCACAGCUGAUCAAUGCUGGCAUAGGCGACACGCAGUUGGCCGUGCGAAGGCUCUUCGAAUCGGCACAGCUGCAGCCUUCCUGCGUCACCCUGGAUGAUGCAGACGAUUUGUUCCUGCAGGCUUCAUUUGACAACUGUAACCACGGUGUCUCUGAUCUCCUUGUCGAGCUUGUCCAUAUGCUGGACACAUGCUGCUCGCGAAGACUGCUCUUCAUUCUCACGUGUUCGACACAGCGGAUCCCGCCUUCCCUGGCAUGUCGCAUGCAUUUCUUCAGCCUGAAUGCUUGA